GCACGCCCUCAAGUUCAACCCUUCCCAUUCUAACCUUCUGACCAUUUCGAGUCUCGUUCGGUCGUUCACCAUGUCAUUCAUGAAGAAGCUGCCGGCUUCUCUGCGGGAAAUUAGGAUCCUGAUAUGUCAGACAUCACCAGGUAGCGCAGGUGUCCGCCAAUAUGUCGCCUCUCAAUACCCCUCUAUCAAAUCCGCUCAUCCCGAUCUCAAAUUCUUGGUCCGAGAAGCUAGAGGUAUCCCAGCAAGGGCCAUUGCGAGGUUUGAUGGCGGAUACGAAUCGGAAUUGGCUCUGGAUGGCGUGAGCGCAGAAGCUGUAGGUGACAGGUUGAGAUCCCUUGUGGAGAACGGCAAGUGAAGAGAUGUCAUGUGGAUCAUGAAAAGCUGCUCAGAGAAGGUUGAACGGUGUAUGGGUGGACGACUCAGCAUUGAUCCGCUCAAUCCAAGGUCAAAAGUUGGACACCGCGCGCAGUUUAGUCCAAACCCCUUGCUUGGGUCUAGAUUCCUCUCCGGUCUGUCUGCCUGACAAAGUCAUGA